UAAAAAUGGCAGUAACUAUACGUAAUCCAUUAUUGUUGUGUUAUGUGAACCAAAUUCGCAACCUGCAACUUGCAGGUUCGUUCAGGUUACAAUUCUCUCUCAUCGCGAUCAUGAAGAACAGCAACACCAACAAUUUUUGCGCUGCGUUGCUUUUUGUUCUCAUAUUUCAUUAGUGUCACUGUGUCAAUUCCGCUUCACUUUCCCUUCUUUUACACUUUCCAACCGACACUAAAUGGAAGCGGUGGCCGCCGUUUUUCUAUUCGCCGCCGCACUUCUGUCGGUGGUGGAGGGGUCACCGGUGACUCUGACACUGGAAAGAGCGUUUCCUUCGAAUCAUGGCGUGGAGUUGAGUCAGCUCAGAGCUCGGGACAGCCUCAGACAUCGUAGAAUGUUGCAGUCUACUAACUAUGUCGUAGAUUUCCCUGUCAAAGGCACCUUCGAUCCCUCACAAGUCGGGCUUUACUAUACCAAGGUAAAAAUGGGUACUCCUCCAAGGGAAUUUUAUGUGCAGAUUGACACUGGGAGUGAUGUUCUCUGGGUUAGUUGUGGGUCCUGCAAUGGUUGUCCUCAGACAAGUGGGCUGCAAAUUCAGCUCAAUUACUUUGACCCUAGGAGUUCAUCAACAUCUUCAUUGAUCUCUUGUUCUGACCGGAGGUGCAGGAGCGGAGUUCAGUCCUCCGAUGCAAGCUGUUCCAGUCAGAACAACCAGUGCAUUUACACGUUCCAGUAUGGAGAUGGCAGUGGGACAUCAGGCUAUUAUGUGUCAGACUUGAUGCAUUUUGCUAGUAUUUUUGAGGGAACCUUGACAACAAAUGCUUCUGCAUCUGUAGUUUUUGGUUGUAGCAUCCAGCAGACUGGGGACUUAACAAAGUCCGAUAGAGCAGUUGAUGGGAUAUUUGGAUUCGGGCAACAAGGCAUGUCUGUCAUUUCCCAACUCUCAUCGCAAGGAAUUGCACCGAGAGUGUUCUCUCAUUGCUUAAGAGGAGAUAACACUGGUGGAGGUGUCUUGGUUCUUGGUGAAAUUGUGGAGCCAAACAUAGUUUAUACUCCACUUGUUCCAUCGCAGCCUCAUUACAAUUUAUAUCUGCAGAGCAUCUCUGUCAAUGGCCAGUUUUUGCAAAUUAACCCUGCAGUUUUUGCUACAUCAAGCAACAGAGGUACCAUUGUUGAUUCUGGAACAACUUUGUCCUACCUUGCAGAAGAGGCUUAUACAACCUUUGUGAAUGCGAUUACAGCUGCUAUUCCACAAUCUGUACGCAGUGUUCUUUCCAGGGGAAAUCAGUGUUACUUAAUAACCACCUCCAGCAAUGUUGACAUGUUUCCACAAGUAAGUCUGAAUUUCGCUGGUGGUGCAUCUCUGGUUUUAAGACCACUGGACUACCUUAUUCAACAGAAUUAUAUUGGUGAGGGUUCAGUUUGGUGUAUUGGCUUUCAGAAAAUCCCGGGUCAAAGUGUAACUAUCCUAGGAGAUCUCGUAUUAAAAGACAAAAUUUUUGUCUACGAUGUUGCUGGUCAACGCAUAGGAUGGACUAACUAUGAUUGUUCAUUGCCAGUGAAUGUAUCUGCAUCAGCUGGUAGGGGCAGAAGUGAGUUUGUAGAUUCAGGAGAGCUAGGUGGAAGCACUUCUUUAUGUGAAGGACCUCACACUUUGAUAAGGAUGUUAUUGCUUGCUCUGUUCAUGCACAUAACACUAAUUUUGUAACAUGCAGAAUUGGAACUUAUUCUUUUUUGCUAUGUAUUUUCUCUUGCCGGAAUUGGUGCAAUAGGCAAGACCACACGUUCCGUUAUUACUUGGAUUGUCAGUUGUUUGUGUUUUCUUUGUGCAUAACAGGUUGUCCUGUGGUUUUUUUGCUUUUCUGGUACAUAAUAUUGUAAAUUAAUGUUUUUUUAUGGAAGUCAUAACAUGUUUGUCAAACUCAA